AUGGCUACCAACAAUGAUAGCACACCCGUGCCUGCGCCUGCGCGAUCCAAGACGAUGGGGCAUUCGUCGUCGUUCUUGAACCUCAAGGGAAUGUUCAAGAUAGGAGACAAGGCGAAAAAAGACAAGGAAACACCUGGAACACCGCCUGUGCUGGGGAUCGACACACAGUCCUUGGGGACACCGACUGUAACGACACCUACUCCCCUUGCUGAUGGUCCUGUUACCUGUACCUCUCCCGCACAGAUAGCCCCAAUGACCCCUGCCUCCAAUGACGGUCGUUACUCUUACAACUCGUCCGAAACUCGCUCCAGUGACUCGCAAGGUGCCACUCGCAAGGGCCGCUCCAGGCCUACCAGAGGCUCCCAAACCCCCUCUACAUCUCCCUCGGUCUCUCGCUCGACUUCCUCGCACGCACUCACAAGCACUCAGAAUGGUUCCAAGCCAGACAAGUAUCGAAGCCUCGGCCGCUUUGAAUCGGCCUCCAAGCCGCCUACCGCAAACUCAUCACAGCAGUCGAUUACUAUUCCCACUUCUCCAAAUACAAAGAAUGCACCGCUCUCCCCCCGUAGCAUGGGUGCGUCAGCAUCGCGUUUCAUCCGCCGAGUCGCGUCUGCUCCCAAUGCCAAAAAUAUGUUCUCAAUCAACACCAGCUCCAAGUCUACCACUCGCAACGGUCUCUUGUCGCCUGGACUCGACCCAUCGAUCCCACCAGUUCCAUCCUUCUUAUCCGGAGCUGACAAAACAUCUGGUUCGCCUCAUUCUUCUCCACCAUACUCCCGUUCGUUCGUUAACCGUGCCUCUCGUACAAUGUCAGCCUCGGGAAAGCAAAAGCAUCUCUCCCCCAACGAAAAGGCCGCAGACAUGGGGAGGGCACAGUUUCGACGAACAUAUUCCAGCAAUUCAAUCAAGAUCCGAUCAGUCGAAGUUGGCCCUAGCAGCUUUCAAAAGAUCAAAUUGUUGGGAAGGGGUGACGUUGGCAAGGUUUACCUCGUUCGCGAGAAAAAAUCUGACAAAUUGUUCGCCAUGAAAGUCUUGUCCAAGAAGGAAAUGAUCGCACGCAAGAAAAUCAAGCGCGCGCUUGCCGAGCAAGAAAUCCUGGCAACGGCUAACCAUCCUUUCAUCGUUACCUUGUAUCACUCCUUCCAGUCUGAAGAUUAUUUGUAUUUCUGCAUGGAGUAUUGCGCCGGUGGCGAGUUUUUCCGUGCAUUGCAAACCCGCCCCGGAAAGUGCUUGUCAGAGGACGAUGCUAGGUUUUACGCCGCCGAGGUGACGGCCGCGCUGGAAUACCUCCACCUGAUGGGUUUUAUUUAUCGUGAUCUUAAACCCGAAAAUAUCCUGUUGCAUCAGUCGGGUCACAUCAUGCUUUCCGAUUUUGACUUGGCCAAGCAGGCUGGGUCCCUGGGUGGGGAGGCUCCGGCCAUUGCACAUCUUGAACCCAAUGGCGUUCCGCUUGUUGAUACGAAAACGUGUACAGCCAACAUAAGGACCAACUCGUUUGUAGGAACAGAAGAGUAUAUUGCACCAGAGGUUAUCGAAAACAGCGGUCACACCUCGGCUGUCGACUGGUGGACGCUCGGGAUCUUAAUCUACGAGAUGAUUUGCGCCACAACGCCUUUCAAGGGCUCGAACAGAAAUGCCACUUUCCAAAACGUAAUGAAGUUGCCCGUUCAAUACCCUGAGUCUGUCAAGAUAUCACCACAAGGCAGGGAUAUCAUCGUUAGGCUCUUGGACAAGAGCGAGCUCACCCGACUGGGUAGCCAAAGUGGCGCGAGUGAGGUCAAACAACACAAGUGGUUUGCAAAACUCAACUGGGGAUUGCUGCGCAACCAACGACCGCCGAUCCAGCCUGCGGUAGCAAAAGGUAUCGACGCGGUCAAUUUCCGGAAUAUGAAAGAGUCGUCCUCUCUUGAUUUGGAUGGAUCGAAGCGUGCUGCGACUGCACCCGGAACGCCGGUGCCCACUACACCAGCCUUGUUCACUAAUGAGGAUGGAAUGGAGCCUGCGCCGACCAAUCCUAUGGAUGACCUCUUUGUUGGAUUCUCAAGCGUCACCCUUCACUAUGACGGCGAGAACUAA